AACAAAAUCCUCUGAAUCAAAGAUGAUAAGAAAGCGUACAUUGCUCCAAAUACGCAAAUACGCGCUCAUCUUCUUCGUUCUACUACUCAUCUUUAUAUAUUGCAAUCACUAUCGUACAAAGUCCGAAGAUGACAAUCUGGAGAGCUUUCCCCAGCAAUCUACGCAGCUCGACCAUAGGAUUGUACCCUCGCCAACCAAACGUCGUCCGCGCAUCUAUGAGUUGGCAGAAAUGCAGAGCUGGGGUCCCCAUAUGCGACGGAUAAUAUUUGAUGAAGAAGAAACAGAGAACUUGGCACCAUCACAGAUAAUUAGCAGCAGCUUACAGAAGCACACCACACUAAAGAUAGAAGCAGCAAUUCCUCUAUUGGCCCCAGACGAGUCAACAUCCCGAGCACAUAAGCCAAAGAGCUACUAUGUAGAUAGUCGUAGGUGCAAAAUGCAUUAUCCAGAUCCAUUCUCCUCGGAGGUGCUUGCCAUAUACCGUCCAUCAAAGUUCAAAUCGUGCUCCAACCUAACCGAUGUGAUCAAUGUAGAGUUCGAUGCGGAUCAUCAGCAGUAUAGGCUACAUGUUGAUCAAAAGCUAGUGCCUAAAUUAGUUCCAGGACUGACGUCCUAUGCCUGCUAUUAUCGUGCCGUGACUAGAGCCCCAGACGAAAAUGAUAGUGGAUUUAGCGAAAUACAUCCACGGGUGUACUUCCAGCAAGAUGUCCUGUUGCCCACCAACAUGAGUGGCAUAAUUGUGGAGUGCCAUGACGUCAACAAUAUCGAUCGUAUUAUCCAGCAGGAUGCCUUUCCUCUGGUUCAAGUGCGCAACCAAAUCGAUUUGAAGGUGAACCUAAGCUCAAGCUCCCCUCAGUCAACACCCACGAUUGAGCGUCAGCCCAGUGUUAUUCUGAUCGGUCUGGAUUGCAUGUCGCGAAUGAAUUUUCAGCGCACUAUGCCGGAGACGGCGAAGUUUGUUAAGCAACAGGGCUGGUUUGAAAUGCAGGGCUACAAUAAAGUUACGGACGGCACUCUGCCCAAUUUAUUACCCAUACUGGCUGGCCUAAAAAUGGGCGAUCUGUGCUCUUGGCGCAUGCCGGAUUGCUUGGAUCGUCAGCCGUGGAUCUGGAAGGCGUACAAGGCGGCUGGCUAUAGCACUGCGCUCGCAGAUGAUGUGCCAAGUGGUGGCAUUUUCACGACAUUUUCGCCGGGUUUCCUCCAAGUGCCCGUGGACCAUUAUCUGCACACCCUAUUGCAUGGAAUUGCCGCUUUUAUGAAGGUCUAUAUGCGUUUCGGGCACAGUUAUUGCAUCGGUCGCAGGCUUAGCAUCAGUUAUGUCUUUGAGUUCUGCACCCAAUUCGUGCAGCGCUAUAUGGAGGAGCAUGGCAGGCCAGUUUUUGGUUUAUUUUGGACGGCCUCUUUCACGCACGAUCAUUACUACGGCGCCUCUAGUCUGGAUGCCAAGUUUCUCGAAUAUAUGCGUGUGCUGGAGGGACAUCAGCUGUUCGAACAGGCUAUAGUUGUGCUCUUCAGCAAUCAGGGAGCACGCGUGGGGGAACUGGUGGAGCUGUCGGACGGUUUUCUGGAAGAGCGCCUGCCUCUGCUGCACAUCUACUUGCCAGCCUGGUUUCGUAAUGCCUAUCCAAAAUAUGCCGAGGCACUGCAACUGAAUCGCAAUCGUCUCUGCUCCAAUUUCGAUCUGCACUACACAUUGCAGCACAUCUUGCAGUUGAAUGCACACGAAUUUUUCGAAUUGCCUCCAUUAGAAAAGUACCCGAGCAGUCGCUCCCUGCUUCAUCCACUGCCUAAGGAUCGCAGCUGUGAGGAUGCCUAUAUACCAGAGCAUUGGUGUACGUGCAAUACUUUCAUUUCGGUUCCCAAAACGGGGGAAAUGUACCUCAUGGCCAAGGUCGUUGUCUCACACAUCAACGGCUAUUUAAUGAAGUUCUAUUCGAAUGCAACCUGCGAACGCUUGAUGCUCUCCGAUUUGGAGAAAUGCGAACGCAAACUCAUAUUCGAGGAGGAUGGCAGGGAGACGAUGUACGGCAGCAUUGCGACCUUCCGUUUGAGGUUCCAUACCAUUCCCUAUGGCCGCUUCCAGGCUACGGUUUUUCACAAUCGGGAAACGAAAUUCUUGGAACGUAUACACGUGCCAGACGUAAGUCGACUCAGCUCCUAUCAAAAUACCUCCAAGUGCGUGCAGGACAAGACAGCGAAGAAAUUUUGCAUUUGUCGUGUAUAUGUGCCGCCUCAAAACCAAACCACAGCAUCACGCAAAGUCGACAAGACAGCUCUAUAAAUUAUUGAAACGUAGCUAUUGAUUUUAUACCGAGUAUUUGUAAACAAAAAUUCUGGUCGGCACUAAAUUAAAGAUAAUUUUGCAAAUUUGGCUAAUUGUGACAAAUGUUGUGAAAUGUUUGUUUGUUGUAUUUUAAAUAAGAAAUUCUUUAUUAAACUUGCCAAAAAGUA